GAAUAGAAUGUGGGUCUGAUUUCUCUCUCCUCUCUCUCAUCUCUCUCAUCUCUGUUGUAUUUAUUAUUCGUCCACAUGUAUUGUAUAUUUUGAUUUCUCAGGACUUAGAUUUUGAGCUCAGGUUUUGCAGCAUGGCUUCUGGGUUUUUUGUUCUCUUAUAGAGAAUGUUGGAACAGCUCUCUGCCUGCAUGCAAACUCAAAUCUUGUUCUCAGACUUCUCUCGCUUUCUGGGCUUCUUUGAUUUCUCAUGAUUGAAUGAAUGGUUGCAUUUUCUGCAAGUUUUGCGCUGCGGGGAUUUGUUUGCUGCUGUUAAUUAAGGGGGUUUUGGGAUUCAUUUCUGGAGGAAGUUAGUUCAAGAUUGUGGGGUGUGUUGGAGAGAGUGAGAGAAGAGAGAGAGGGGUAAAGAGGAGGAGGCCAUUGAAUGGUUGCUCAGAGAAUGGGAUCUCAAGGGGGUUGUGGUAAUAGCAUUGGGGGAACCCAAAUUCAGACACAGGACUCGAAACCGAACCCGUUGGCUAGGGAAGGGUCCUUGUACAGCCUCACUCUAGAUGAGGUUCAGAACCAAUUGGGAGAUUUGGGGAAACCUCUGAGUAGCAUGAAUCUUGAUGAACUUCUGAAGACUCUGUGGACGGCUGAAGCGAAUAAUCAAGCGAUAGAGGGUGUUGAUUAUGGGCCGUCUUUGCAGCCUGGCCGCCCUGCAUCAGGCUCAUCUUUGAAUCGUCAGUCGAGCCUCACAUUGUCUAGGGAUCUGAGCAAAAAGACUGUUGAUGUAGUCUUGAUAGGAAAUCGACUCUUGGGGAAAUGACAUUGGAGGAUUUCUUGGUUAAGGCAGGAGUGGUUGCUGAGUCACCCCCAGGGAAGAAAAAUUCGGGUUCAGUAGUAGGGGGUGUUGAUCCAAUAGGACCGCCUCAGCAAGCUCAAUGGAUCAAUUAUCCGAUCCCAUCAAUUCAUCCACAGCAGCAACAACAACAGCAUAUGCUACCUGUUUACAUGCCAGGCCAUCCAGUUCAACAGUCUAUUCCCCUUGGUGGAAAUCCUGCCAUGGAAGCUGCUUACUCAGAAAGCCAAAUAACCAUGUCUUCAUCCCCUCUGAUGGGUACUUUAUCAGACACCCAAACACCCAGACGUAAAAGGGUUGCACCAGAAGAUGUAGUUGAAAAGAGUGUUGAAAGGAGGCAGAAGAGGAUGAUCAAAAACAGGGAAUCUGCAGCACGAUCCCGAGCAAGGAAGCAGGCCUACACACAUGAGCUAGAGAACAAGGUUUCGCGUUUGGAAGAAGAGAAUGAAAGGCUCAAGAGACAACAGGAAUGGGAGAAGGUGUUGCCGAGCAUACCACCACCAGAGCCAAAGUAUCAACUGCGACGAACGAGCUCAGCCCCUAUAUGAGGAUCAUGUAGAUUCAUUCUCGUCCUCACCUUUUUAGCCGGUUUUAGUUUGUUUUUCUCUUUUUUCGACUCUUUGCAACUUGGGGUACCGUCACCGUCCAUGACCGGACGACAGCCAUAGGAUACAUAGCAUUCAUGUUUGCCUUUGUUGUUUGAACAUUCCAUGGCCAUCCUGCCCGAGUGAACCUUCUCCCUGUAUGUACAUUUUUAUAGCGGUAACUGACAUGGAACUUUAUGGAACUAGUUAUGGUGAUUCGAGGCAUAGUUCCCAUGAAAUUUUGCUCUUUCA